AUGGGGGAGAGGCCGUUCAGCUGCCCCCAGUGCAGGAAGGCCUUUACCCAGGCCUCCACCCUGCUGAGGCACCGGCGGAUCCACUUGGGGGAGAGGCCGUUCCCCUGCACAGAGUGCGGGAAGGCCUUUAGCAAUUCCUCCAACCUACUGACGCACUGGUGGGUCCACACAGGGGAGAGGCCCUUCAGUUGCCCCCAGUGCAGGAAGGCCUUUACCCAGGCCUCUGCCCUGCUGAGGCAUCAGAGGAUCCACAUGGGGGAGAGGUCCUUCAGCUGCCCCGAGUGCGGGAAGACCUUUACCCAGGCCUCCACGCUGCUGACCCACCGGCAGAUCCACAUGGGGGAGAGGCCUUUCAGCUGCUCAGAGUUUGGGGAGGGGUUCAGUCAG